CCACAUGCACACAUCUUUCAGAAGUUGUUCCAGUCAUUUACUCAUAUACGAUCACCCCUCGAUCACCGAGGUGUGACAGCUGUCAGUUAUGUGGGGAGCCUCUCGUACGUGGCAGUACUAUGACCGUCCACAUGCACAAGCAAGAUGAAACCGCAGUUCCACGGAAGGUGUUUCGUCCAGUGUGUGCGGAGAUUUUGAUGGGACUCUUACUUUUAUUGGUAGGUUACGCUAUGCCAGUGGCAGGAGCUACUUUGCUGGCUGUUGCAGGCACUGGCAGUGUCCAACGAGGUUGGUCUGAUUAGACUGUUGUAUGCAGCGCCUGUGCAGCGGACAUCACUGAUACGGUCGAUGUAAGCGGCUACAGGUAGGAUGUGAUAAUCUUAUCCUUCUAAUCUCCUCGUCAUUAAAGGGCGGCAGUGUCACUUGAAGAUACAUCCACUGGGAAGACAAAGGAGAAACAUCAUCUCCGGCUCUAUAAGCUAAAU